CGUGAAUAUUUUUAGAAUUAUUUUUUAUAAAUAAAACAAGUCAUGAAUUUGAAAUUAAACAUUACAUUAGGAUUAUUUGCCUUUUGGUUCAUAAGUAUAGCUUCGGUCACAGACAGCUUGUGAUGGACUGCCAUUCGUGUCUCGGACCCAAUGGAAGGCCCGGACCCCUAAAGAUCCGCCACAGAAAAUGCCGACACCCGUGAGCCACGUGUUUAUACACCACACGGAAACCCCCGACCAGUGCCACAAUGAGACGGCGUGUGUGGAAGCGGUGCGAAGUGUUCAGGACUUCCAUAUGGAUGGCCGGCACUGGAAUGACAUCGGAUAUAAUUACCUGAUAGGCGGUGACGAUCGCAUAUACGAGGGCAGGGGCUGGUAUACCGUGGGGGCGCACACUCUUGGCAUGAACUCCAGGUCAGUGGCCAUCUCACUGAUCGGUAACUACGAGUCGGUAGCGCCGCCUAAACAAAUGUUAGACUUGGUCCAGAAGUGGGUCGAGUGUGCCGUAGAGAAGGGUGUGGUGUCCGGGCUCUACCAACUGCACGGACAUAGGGAUCAAACGUGCACUUCAUGUCCCGGUCAGCACUUGUAUGACAUCAUUAAAAGCUGGAAUAAAGAAGAUUUAACAUAA